GGCCUCUUCCUGUCGCCCGCGGGGCUUCUCCGGUGCAGGAGGUUUGAGCAGCGCUCCGAGGAGCUGCUCCCGCUGCUGCCGGCUCGAUCCCUGCGCUGCCGCUUCCUGCCGUUUGUGCGCAGUCCGGUCUUUGCACGGAGCUCCUGUCCUUGGGGUGAGAGCUUCAUGCCUGUCUUUCCUGCCUAGAGUGCCUUCCUUCAGCCGACGAUGAAAACAUGUUUAGAAAAGGAAAGAAACGGCACAGCAGCAGCAGCUCACAAAGCAGCGAGAUCAGUACAAAAAGUAAGUCUGUAGAUUCCAGUCUUGGGGGACUUUCCAGGUCCAGUACUGUGGCAAGUCUCGAUACAGACUCCACAAAAAGCUCAGGACAGAGCAAUAGUAAUUCUGAUACAUGUGCAGAAUUCAGAGUUAAGUAUGUUGGUGCCAUUGAAAAACUGAAACAUAAUGAGAGCAAAAAUCUAGAAGGGCCAUUGGACUUGAUAAAUUACAUAGAUGUUGCCCAGCAAGAUGGAAAGUUACCUUUUGUUCCAGGUGAAGAGGAGUUUAUAAUGGGCGUUUCCAAAUAUGGCAUCAAAGUUUCAACAUCUGACCAGUAUGAUGUCUUACACAGGCAUGCUCUCUAUUUAAUUGUACGGAUGGUCUGCUAUGAUGAUGGUCUGGGAGCAGGAAAAAGUUUACUGGCUUUGAAGACAACAGAUGCAGCCUCUGAAGAAUGCAGCCUCUGGGUAUAUCAGUGCAGUAGUUUGGAACAAGCACAAGCUAUUUGCAAAGUGUUAUCCACAGCCUUUGAUUCAGUUUUGAUGUCGGAGAAGUCCUGAUUUUCUCCAGCAGCACGUGACUGUGCAGUACAAGAGGCCUUUGUGGGAGGACAUGGGGCUCUGUGGUACCGCAGGCUGGCUGCAGCCACACACAGACUCAGAAAAGAGCUGCUGUGCAGAGGAGAGCCGUGCAACAUUGUUUGUGGUACUUCAUCAUUCCCCAGACGUGACUUAAAGAAAUUAUUCCACCAGAAUUGUUUCCAGAACAAUAGAGAAUUUUAUAUUUAACGUGGAGUUUUUUUCCUAAAUCAUGUUUUGUAUAUUGAUGUAUAAAUGUAAAAUAAAACUGACACUUGCUUCUA